GUCUUUUGUGAGGCACAAGAACUAUUACAAUCAACACACAUGGACAAGUUGGUGUGUGAGAUACUUUGUUUUGAGAGAUACCUCAUCUAUUGAAGAUGAAGGUAUUUGGUAAUUGGCUAUUUAGUGGCAAUGAAGAUUACCAACAUUGACUAACGCAAGUUUAGGGACAGAAAACCCAACAGUGAACGCCUUGGUGUUGACCAGAGGGGAGGUGCUGUUAGUGGCUAUCUUUGCCAUGCUUCACUCGAGAAAGAUUGAGGUCAAUGACAUAUUUCAGAAAAAGGAAAUGCUACUCUCUCAGAAGUACAACUAUAUGUAGGUGGACAGAAGGAAAGAAGACGCCUGCAGUGUGGGCUUGGCUUGAUCUAAUCACUUUAUGGAUAUAAGACAUUUUUGGUGCUAAAGAGAACCUGUCAUGGAUGAACCAUUGGAGCCAGCCUAGUAGUGCUUCUUCCCCCGCUGCAGGCAGAGGAAGCUGUCAGUUCUGAAGAAGUCUGACACUUGUAAUUCUCUCCAGGUUUUGUCUUUGGAUCCAGACAUCUCCAUAACAACAUGUCACACCACAACAACAACUCCUCCCCGCCUAGUAAUAUUGGAGGACAUUUGGGCAUAUCCAUUGUAUUUGAUCAGCUGCAUAUAGUGCUGAUAUCUGUGUCUGGAUUCUUAAUUGUGGCAGCCCUACUGAUGACUUGUUGUUGGACUAAAAAGUAUCGCUCACUGACAAGAACUGUUCGAGAUCUAAAGCUCAGACAGCCACACCCGGGUCCUCCCCCUGAAUCUCCUGCUGAUAACUCCUAUGCGAACAACAUCACUGUGACUUUUGUAAGCAAAGGCAGCCGCGUACUUGACACUGCUGCAAUUUCAAGACAGGACACCAAAUCAGGCUCAAGAUCUUUGUGGAAGCCUCCACAAAUGGCAGUACAUUUGAAAAGGGAUGACCUGAGUCUUCUGCAGCUUAUCAAGGCUGGAAGGGAGGGGGUGUUCUACAAAGCUAAAAUGAUCCGUGGCACCUGCAAGGGUCACUCUAUGUUCACCUGCAAGGUCUCCAAAGAAAAUGUGACAUACAAACAGGUGCAGAAGGAGAUUGGCAUCAUGAAGAAACUGGGCAACCAUAAGAAUCUGCUUCAGCUGCUGGACUGGGAUGUCACACAGACUCCCUACUUCCUGGUCAUGGACUUUGUCAGCAAUGGCACACUGCGCAACUAUCUGCAGCUCAAUCAAGAUAGAUUGUCAGCUGACAAUAAUCUGCAGCACCUCUUCACCGUAGCCGCCUACCACAUAGGACUCGCCAUGGAUCACCUACGCAACAAGAUGGUGGUACACUGUGACCUAGCCUUAAGGAACAUCAUGGUCAACAGCUUUCCUCGAGAGGUGAAAGUUGGAGAGUUUGGUCUGGCCAGAGACUUGACGCGGAUGAGGAGCCGCCGCAGUGGCAGAAGUAAAACGGCUGACCAUGAAAGAGUCCCUUUGCGCUGGUAUCCCCCAGAGUACUUCAAGGACAAAUAUUACGGAUUCAAAAGUGAUGUCUGGUCUUUUGGAAUUGUACUAUGGGAGAUGCAGACAUUUGGUACAUUGCCAUACCCCAAUCUAGACUCCUCAGAAGAUGUGGUGCGUCAUAUCAGUACUGGACACAAGAAUGUAGAACCAGCGGGGUGCAGGGUGGAAAUUUUGCAGAUGAUGCAGGAUUGUUGGGCGGAAGCCUACACACACAGACCUUCCUUCAAAGAUAUUGUGGGAGUCCUCGAGCACAUUCUUGAGAAUGAUGCAGACUACGUGGAUGUCGACAACAAAAGAGUUAAUAUUAUUUAAAAUAUGUGGUUUACAUGGAGAAUGGUUUGGAGCAUAUGCUAGGCCUACUUGUAGAUUGUAGAUCUAGGUUCAAUUCAGUAUUUCAUAAAUUAUUAUU